AACUUUUUGGCGGGUAAACUGGUCUUUGUGUGAUGAAAACGGGAACUACCUAUUGUCUGUCAUUUUAGUGUUUAUGCUCUUGCUGGCCGAUUAUUUAUUUAUUGAUUUUCAGAUUUAAGUUUGCAUCUCACUCACUAAAGGAUAUGUUUCUCGUCAUAAUGUCAUAAAGCAUAUAUCCACCUGUAUUCAGCAUGAAGGCUAUUUCUGGUAGUUGGGAAACAUUUCAUAAAACGUCACUGGAGAUUAAAAAGAUGUCUAAGGAGAAUUCUCAGUCAUGAGAUGUACAGUCAGCAAUUUUGAAGAGAAACUCAAUACAAAGUGGUGAGGCAGGAUAUAUCGAAGCCAUCUCAGUCGACUAAACUUCACAAUGUCAUCAACUGAUGUGGCUGUCUUGCCUAGUACACUUCGCCUGACCUCAACAUUCCUCACACAGUGAUUCUACCAAACUCACCCACUGCUACAAAGAUACCUAUGAUCACGUUGUCUACUUUCAACUGUCAUGUUUUAUCGGUUUAACAGGAUGUAACAAACUGUUGUGAAGUAUACUCAUCCUUUGAUAGAUAGCCAGAUAACUCGCCGACACCAUAGGUGGUGUAAGUUGGCAGAUGCCAAAUGGGUCAUCUGUAUCCGAGCUGAAAUUUCGUCAGCAACCAGCCCAUUCGGGCUGAUGUAACUCCUCAAGUAAAGAGGUCGACAUCACUUCACUCCCUAUCAUUAAUCUGAGAGUGGUUGCACACCAGUCCUGGAGCAUCAUCUUACAUUUGACUGAUGUUAGUGAAAUCCAUGCUAAACGUGCACUGCAUUACAAUGCGGUAUUUGAGGACCAGUUACAUCGAUCAGUAGUACCGACUGACUAGAUUGAAGUAAAUAACCUAAGUACUUGGUGGUUGUCUCGUUUGUUCGAAUAGGAUUCAUUUUUGGUUUUUCAAACUCGCUUCAGGUCGAAGAGUUGAAAAUCUUUGCCUAAACUACGUUCCCAUUUGGUGUUAAUAUUAACUGAGUGUUUUGAAGUUUGUGGGAAGUUGCGAAUAAGUUAGCGAUACCCAUUCAGGUCCACAAUAUUUUUAGACGAUUGGAACGCAUAGUAAAGUAGCACAGAAAGUAAAUCAACUGCACCGGCAACGCCGACCUCAAUAUCUUGCUCUCUAUAGUCGGUUAACAUAAACCCACCUAACGAAGUAGAGGUCGUGAAGGAACUCUAUAUUUCCAUAAGGCACCCAGCUUGAUCUUUUUCACAAUGGAGGUGAAACUGUAGUCAGGGUCGAAUUUUGUUCACACCAUAGAUGCAUGGAUCGCGUUUAUCCUUUACUAGAUGCUCAAACACUGUCACGCAUAUUGCAGGACAAUGAUCGUUGUAUCUCUCGGUAUUAGGACUUUUUCGGUUCGUUGGGCAAUAUCGUACUCUGGAGUUGUCUGUUCGAGAAAGGUGUUACUGAGAACUUUAUUAACAUUUUGAGAGCCCCACUCUUUAAAACAGUAGAGUAAAGGCUUACAGACAUCGUCCAUUGUUGCAGACCAAUAGUAGGUUUAAGUAGAGCUUUCCGAUUUCAAAAAUUUUUUGACUUUGCCAUUAAUGACAUUCUAGAGACAGCCGUGACGUAACUUCGUGGUGUUUGUGCAGACCUACCAGAUGAAAUAUUUGUCGGUGUCGACUAUGCGGGAGAUAACGUUUUAGUGUGAGACAGGUGACUCAGUCAGUCACUAGCGAUGAAUACUCGUAUGUGUGAUAUAUGCUUCGCACCACCGGCGUGUUAAGCUCUACAAGACCUGUUUGAGCCUGUUCAGGUACUCACCCUCGAUGAUGAACCACCGUAAGUUGUCGAAACGUGUGACUGCUGGUGGAGGUAUGACCAGUCAGGUUCCCAACCGUAUAUCGAUAGCCAGGGUAGGGUAUACCAAUCUAGACUGCGUUUCACGUCGUCAUGACGUUAGCCUGUCAAGUGUACAACACGUCGAUGUCAACAGUUCUGCCCUAUGUUCCACUGGGAACCGAAAGGAAAAAUAAUAAAUUUUGUUUUUUUAUUAUUGAGAAGUAAAACGUGAGUAGUGGACGCUUAUUAGGAUGUGUCCUUAGAGGUGCCUCUUUAAUAACCCACUUAUGUUUCCAUUUUGUCUUCAUAAUGUUUUAUUGUUUGGUAUGUCUAUUCUCUUGGUGCCCAUGGUUUACCAAUUAAGUGUUUUAAAUUAACUAAGUAUCAUCACUUAUAUUAAUAGUCACGUCAUCCUCUUUUCUGUGAGAUAGAAAGUCUUAUCGAAAGCCGCAUAGCUUUGUUAAAGCAAUUAAGUUUUUAUCAAUUUUUCAAAUUGUAUAAUUCACAACAACAUUUUUCACGACUCAGUAGACUUUUUCAAUUGUUGUCAACAGGCUUUCCGUUGAAAAUUGCUCAAGGUGUAAUCUCUGACAAAAAAAUGUUAUGAACUAACAAAACAUAAGCAGUUGGAAAUCACUCAAGUUGUUCAAUAGUAGUAUGUUUCGAAGUUUUUUGUUGAAAUACUUGAACAUCUUUGGGUAACGUCAAUGAGACUCUCUCUGUAUGUGUGUGUGAUGACUUGCAUUUGUUCACAGGUGUACAGAUAUAUAGAUUGUCUUUUUUACUCAGUGUUUUCUAAUUCUUUUUGUUAUGUAGUGAGCACAUUGAAAUUUGUAACAAAACUUCCGACAUUGUAAAGAUUUCGACAUAAGUUUCGCAAAAUAUUUUCGUUUCAAAAUACAGAGUAAGUAGGUAGGAGUUAGCUGUUUUAUGUGCCACUUAUAAAUACUAGUUAAAUUACUGUAUGGAAUUGGCGAAUGUUUUUAGCCCAAAGUACAAUUCUUUGUCUGCUUUCAGUGAGCGUUUAUGCACUAUGUUUGUCGAUCCAAACACCGGAUUAAAUUGCAUAAUUUAACCAGAGUGACUGAUUGCUCUCUUGGGUGGACUACGAAUACUGGUAUACACUCAUUUCAUUUGAGCAGUUUCUCAUUCUAAUCAAAAGUUGCUCAGCAUCUUCCAAUUCUAAAUUUCAUUCAACUAAAACUUGGCUAAACAGUUAUCGGAAAAAAUAACGCGGCUCACCUCAAUCAAUCAAUAUCAACAUAGGACCAGGCAUUACUGCGUAACGGUCCAACUUGCCACACCUCAUAUCAGUACAUCAAGUAAACAAGACAGUGAGGCACAAGAUGAAGAUAAGAGAAUUCAGUCAGAAGAAAUACAAGGUAUGAGAAGAAAGAAAGGAAGAAUGAGAGAAUGGUGAGAUUCUAUAUAGUGUCGUUAAGAUGAGGAUAAUGUGUGUGGGAAUAGAUCUGCACCACUGACAUCGGUUGUGAGCCAUGUGAUCACCUAGAGUUAGUCUCCAACCACUGGUUCCUAUUGUCCUGCGGACCCCAACCACCUAGUCUGCAUCACCCCACAUGGCUCAAACCAACGGUCAGAGACUUCAUGCAUUUGUGCCUUGUUUUAGUCUGGCCACCUCGAGCCUUUUUCCAGUCUGGACCUACUUCAGCCAACAUUUUGUGACGAGGCAAUCGGUGACUAGGCAUACGUAGUACGUGUCCCAACCAUCUCAAUCUAUGAAGGCUCAUAACCUCGUCAACCGACUUACCUCUUCUCCCUAAAACUCUAAACCUGACAUGUGCGUUACUCAUGUGGUGACACCACGGAAUACAGUCUACACACUACGAAGGCAACGGUGGUCAAGCACCAGAAGUCGCCUUCUUACAUCUUCCACUUUCAAUGGCUACGUUUCACAGCUAUAUAGAAGAACAGAGUAGACUACUGUGCAGUGUACGCGACCCUUAAAAGACAAGCGGAUAUGGUGGCGGCGCCAUAGGUGGCGUAAAUUGGCGAAAGCCAAUCGAGCCUUUUGUAUCGGUGCAGAGAUUUCAUCGGCGACUGACCCACCAGGACUGAUCCUACUUCUUAGGCUCACGUCGAAAAAAUCUAGUAUCAAUGUACUUUAGAAGCGGCGUUUAAGAUGGUAAGCAAUUUUCAGACAUUGGUUGAAAAAGUCAAUUGGUCUCAACAUGUUCUGAAAUAAUGGAUGUAUACGGAUGCAUCCCUGCAGACUCCGAGGACAAUGAGAAGCGGAGGUAACUCAAACGUAGACUUACAAAAGGACUUUUCAAGAAACGUGCACAAUGGUGAGUAGUGAGGGCUAAAGAAAUUGAAAAGGCAACGGCAAUAGGUAGACAAUUAUUUAUAUUUAUUAAGGAAACUAGAUCGAAAAGGUUAUUGUUUAGUGAGAAUAUUUUGGAGAAGAAUGGGUCUGUGAUUCACUCGCUAGAAAAGGAUUGGAACGAUGGGCGGAAAAUUACGAAAAACAGUUCAACUAGCCUUCAGCUACCAUCAUAUCUGAUAUCCAGUUGAAUCCUGAAUGAACAUGGAAAAUUUGAGAAAGCUGUAAGCAACCUGAGACAAGAAACAGCGGAUGAACUAGUACCGAAGGUAUUUAAGGAUGGCGUCAAAGGAUUAUUAGUCAGGCAAACUGAAGUGUUAGCUAGCGUGUGGGAAUGAAGCAUAGCCCUAUUUGACUGGUCCCAGCUACAGAUUGUCCCUGCUUUGAAGAAAAGUGAGAAAUCCUCUUGUGUUAGCGACAGGGAGUCAGUCUGAUAAGCAUAGAAUGGUAAUUUGAAAAUGUUGAGGAUGUGUCUUUCGCUACCCAAAUGCAAACUGUUACUUCACAACUGGUCUUCAGUGGUGCCCUGUAUAACCAUAGAGAGUUAAGUGUUUGAGAGCGUAGAUCACUUCACUUCUAUGUUAUAUCAGAUCAGCCCUAGAGGGUCAGUGGCCGACGAACUCUCUGUGAGGGAUAUAAAAGGUUCACUUGGCUUUCACCUACUUACACUAUUCAUGGCACCGUUGCGAUAUCCGCUUGUCGAUUAAGAGUCGAGUGUACUGUUCUGAAGUUCGCUUUGUUUUACUAUAUGACUAUGAAGUCGUGUGUCAAGGUGUCACCACAUCAAUAACGUAGAAGUCAGAUGUAGGCUUUUCAAGAGAAAAGGAAAGUCAACCGAUUAGGUAGUGAGCCUUUAUCCAUUGAGGUAGAUGCCUCUAAUUAUUGUCUACCUCAUCGUACAAUGUUGACUGAAGCAAAAUGUAGGCUGAAAAAGGGUUACGGAUGGUCGGAUUAUUGAUUACUCAAUUUCUUACUAGACUCAUAUUUAUAAGUAAUAGUUAUGUAGCGGAAGUAUACGAUAGAUUCCUUAUGUUGCAAUGUACCACGUGUUCGAAGCUUACUCCUCUAGGCAACCAGGUAGUAUAUAAUAUCACUAAUUGUUUGUUUUUCCUAAUUUUCCAUAUUAUCUUAUUUUACAGGAGUUGAACACUGAUUUAGAUUUAACCAUUUUCAAUGAUUCUGCUGACGAUUUUCUCAAUGAUAACAGAUUUACUUGUGAAUACAUAUCUAAUGCCAAUCAGCAAUUGAGAAGAUCUAUAUAUCCUGAUAAUUUUACACGAAAAUUGAUUCCUUCAGUUAUGAAAAAUAAAGAAAGCGUAUUAAAACAUCGUAAACUUCCGGGACCUGCAGGUCUACUUCCAAAGUUACAUGAACAAAUGAAUCAUGGGGAACGUUUAGCCAAGUGUAAAUUGCCUAAAAAGAAAAAAGAUACUGAAAUAUAUAAUUUAAGUGAGAGUUGUUUAUCGCCAUCUUCAUCACAGAAUCAAUCAAUUUCUAGUCAAGUUGAAGAAACUAUUCUACUUAGUCAACUUCAAUCAGAUUGUGGUCCAAUUAUCUGGUCUAUUAUACAAAAAUAUUCUAUUCAAAAUAUCUUAAAGAUGAUAACUUGUAAUCAAUUACCAAAGGGUAAAAUUCCAAUUAUAUGCGGUUUUCUUGAUGAAAUAGAAUUGUUACCGACUGAUGCAAGAGCUUUUCUAAAAGAUAAUUCUGGUGUCUUAGGUUGUACGAUUCAUCGUUCAGUGAUUAAAGCAUAUAAAAAUUCUUUAUGCUGUUGUUCUCUACUUCUGUUAAAACAGGUCAGUAUCUUUAGUCCAACUGGUAAAAAAUUCUACGCUAAUAUAACUCUAUCAAAUGUUGUCAGAAUUUACACUCCUGAGAAUACAACAAAUAGUCAUAUUGUAACAGUACACCCUCGUUUUGCCUCUCCUUUAUCUAUCUCUGAAGUUGAAGCAUUAGAAGCGGAUUGUUUAAAGCUGCCUACACCAUCAUCGAUGGCAACAGCUGCGUCAUCUUCAUCUCAGUUAUCACUUUCGCCUAUCUCUAAACCUGUGUAA